AUGCUAGAGGCACAGACCGAUGCGCCUUCGCGUCCGGUCCCCCCCUCGUACACCCCCACGCCCCCCCCCGAGUUACGCCGGCACCACCGCCCUGAGCUGGCGGACGCGGAAGCGAACCCCGACCUGUACGGCCUGCGCCGCUCUGGCCGUGCGCCUGCGCGCCGGACGUAUGCGCUCGACGCGAGCGACGACGAGGCGCGUGCGGAGCGCUCGAGUGCCUCGGCCGCCUCGGACGACGAGGAGGCGGACGAGGAGGACGAGUUCCCCGUGAGCCGCCGCCGCCGGCGCGAGACACACGAAAGCGACUGGGGUGCAGCCGUGCGCAUGUCGAGCCGCAACGGCGGCAAGGUGAACUACACCGAGGACUACCACGACAUUGGUGACGAGGACGUGUUUGAAGACGAGGUCGUGCCGGUCGCCGCCGCGCCGAUGGCCGAGGUCGAAGAGGACCAGAUUGAAGGCGUGUUUGGCCACGAGCGCGACGAGUCGCGCGCGGACGACCCCGAAGAUAUCCCUACCGAAAACAUGCGCUUUGUGAUCAAGUGGAAAGGCUACUCCCACCUGCACGAUACGCACGAGCUCUACGAGUUCCUGAAGCGCUUCCCCGGCUUUAAGCGCGUGACGAACUACAUCAAGGGUGUCUGGCAGCCGAUCCACGAAAUCUCGACGAACCCCGAGGCGACGCGCGAGGACCUCGAGACGCUCCAGAUCCAGCGCGAGCGCCAGCGCGAGCUUCUCGAAUCCUACCGCACGGUCGACCGCGUGAUUGCGCAGCGCGACAAUCCGCCGACGAAAGAGGCCCCGUACCCCCACCUUGCCUACCUGUGCAAGUGGAAGGGCCUCGGCUACAACGAGUCCUCGUGGGAGAGCGAGGAAGAGAUUGCACAGAUCGCACGGCCCGCGAUCGACGCGUACCUGCGCCGCGCGACGUCGGUCACUGUGCCGAGCCGCAGCGAGACCUUCUCGCGCGGCCGCCCGCCGUACGUGCGCAUGACCGAGCAGCCCAAAUACAUUGGCGACCACGGCACGCUGAAAGACUUCCAAAUGACCGGUCUCAACUGGCUCGCAUACCUCUGGAGCAAGAACGAGAACGGGAUUCUCGCCGACGAGAUGGGUCUCGGCAAGACGGUGCAGACGGUCGCCUUCCUCUCGUACCUCUUCCACUCGUGCUACCAGUACGGUCCGAUGCUUGUCGUCGUCCCGCUCUCGACGCUGCCCGCGUGGCAGGUGCAGUUUGAGCACUGGGCGCCGGACAUGAACGUGAUUGCCUACAUGGGCAACUCGCAGAGCCGCGAGGUGAUCCGCGAGUACGAGUUCGGGCCGCCCCGCAAGAUGCGCAUGAACGUUUUGCUGACAACCUAUGAGUUUAUUCUCAAGGACCGCGCAGAGCUACAGCCGAUCAAGUGGCAGUUCCUUGCCGUGGACGAGGCGCAUCGGCUCAAGAACGCCGAGUCGCAGCUGUACGAGGCGCUCUACUCGUUCCACUGCGCCGGAAAACUGCUCAUCACCGGCACGCCGCUGCAGAACAACGUCAAGGAGCUCUCGGCGCUGCUGCACUUUUUGCGGCCCGACCAGUUCGACCUGGAGGUCGACUUUGACAUUGCCAACGUCGACCAGUCCAAGAUCCAAGAGCUGCACCAGCGCUUGGAGAAUGUCAUGCUUCGGCGACUGAAGCGCGAUGUCGUCAAGGAGCUGCCGACCAAGUCGGAGCAGAUCCUGCGUGUGGAAAUGUCCGCGAUGCAGCAGCGCAUGUACAAGGCGAUCCUCACGCGCAACUUUUCGCUGCUCAGCGGCGCCACAUCGACCCAGUUCUCGCUGCUGAACAUUGCGAUUGAGCUCAAGAAGGCGUCGAACCACCCUUACCUCUUUGACGGCGCCGAAGUCCCGUCCGAGAGCCGGGAGGAGACGCUGCGUGGUCUCGUGAUGCACUCGGGCAAGAUGGUACUCCUCGACAAGCUCCUCGCGCGCCUCAAGGCAGAUGGGCACCGUGUGCUGAUCUUUAGCCAGAUGGUGCGCAUGCUCGAUAUCCUUUCUGAUUACCUGUCGUUCCGCGGCUACGUGCACCAGCGCCUCGACGGCACGGUGUCUUCUGAGACGAGGAACCGCGCGAUCGACCACUUUAACGCGCCCAAUUCCCCCGACUUUUGUUUUCUUCUUUCGACGCGCGCGGGCGGUCUCGGUAUCAACCUCGAGACGGCCGACACGGUAAUCAUCUUUGACAGCGACUGGAACCCCCAGAACGACCUGCAGGCCAUGUCGCGUGCGCACCGCCUCAACAGCAAGUUCCACGUGAGCGUCUUCCGCUUCCUCACCAAAGGUACGGUGGAGGAGGACGUGCUGGAGCGCGCCAAACGCAAGAUGGUGCUCGAGUACGCCAUCAUCAACCAGAUGGACACGUCUGGCACCAACUUUGCGCCGAACGCGCUGCACAAGAACUCGCAGAACUUCUCACGCGAAGAGCUCGGCGCGAUCCUCAAGUUUGGCGCGCAGAGCAUGUUCAAGAGCGACAACGAGGACGGGCAGCAGAAGAAGCUCGACGAAAUGGAUCUCGACGAGAUUCUUACGCACGCCGAGGCACGCGAGACCGAGGUCGAGAACAACACGACCUCGUCGGGUGGCGAGGCAUUCCUGCAGCAGUUUGCCCAGGUCCAAGACUUUAAGGCGGACGACGUGUCCUGGGACGAUAUCAUCCCCGUCGAGGAGCGUGUCAAGGCCGAGGAAGAGGAGCGGCAGCGCGCGGUCGAGAGCGCGAUUGCCGCCUCGUCCUCGCGCCGCCGCGCAGCGGUCGCCUCGGCGACAGCCACGGCAAGUGUCGCCGAGGCCGACGAGGAGCCCGAGGCGAAGCCGAAAAAGACGAGCGCCGUGCGCAAGACGCAGGGCCAGCGCUCGCUCGAGCUCAAGGAGCGCGACCUCCGUGUGCUGCUGCGUGGCAUCCAGCGUUGGGGCGACGUGCGCUACCGCUACGACGUGAUUGUCGCCGAGGGCAAGCUCCAGGACAAGAACCGCGCAGUGCUGCUCCAGGCCUCGGACGAGCUCGUGGCGCUUGCGGAGGAGAAGCUCGCCGAGCACCAGGCGUUUAUCAAGGGCAAGCAGGAGCGCGGCGAGGAGAUCACGUCGGCCCUGCGCCAGCGUGCGGUCUUGGUCAACUACCGCGGCAUCAGCAACAUCAACGCCGAGACGGUGCUGAUCCGGCACUAUGAGCUGCAUCUCCUCGCGGACGUCUUGGAGGCGGUUGAGGACCCUCUGCAGUGGCGCAUCCCGGUCGAUUCGCUCAAGAGCACGCUGAACUGGCACUGCGAGUGGGGCCUGACCGAGGACUCGAUGCUGCUUGUGGGCAUUUGGCGCCACGGAUUUGGCUCGUGGGAGCAGAUCGAAGCGGACCCCGAGCUGCAUCUGCAGGGCCGCUUCUUCCUCGAAGGAGGCAAGCGCAGUUCGGAUACCAAGGACGAAGGCCAGGACGAGGAGAACAAAGGCCCCAAGACGGGCGCGGGCAAGUCGCGCCCGAUCCCCAACGCGAUCCACCUGGUGCGCCGCGGCGACUACCUGCUUAAGAUGCUCCGCGAGUCUGUUUCCGACGGCAAGGCAUCGAGUGAGCCGGAAAAGAAGAAGCCGCGGGCGUCGAGCACCAGCGCGAAGCGUGCGCCGGAAAAGAGCAAGCGCAGUGCCGCGCAGUACUCGUCCGACUCGGAGGAGGAGGACGGGUACGCAUCGAUGGACGAACACGAGUGCAAGGAGCUGAUGCGGCCGUGCAAGCGCCAGCUCAAGACGCUCAAGGACGAUACCGAGCACCUUGACCGCGAAAAGAAGAUUGCGACGCUGAAAGAGUGCCUGUCGGCGAUCGGCGGCCACAUUGACCACCUGAUCGCAACCAAGUUUGCAAGUCUGUCCAAGGCGCAGCAGCAAAAGUGGUACGAGCAUCUUUGGGCCUUUUCCUCCUUCUUUUGGCCAAAGAAGGUGAAGCCGGAAAAGCUGCGGGCGAUCUUUGCCAAGCUCGGUGGACACAUCAAGGAGGAGCCUGCGAAACGCAAGGCGACCGAGACGCCCGAGCCUGACCCGAAAAAGGCACGCACUGAGUCUUAA